UUAUUUUUUCUUAAAUUUUUGUAUGCUCUUGGAUUCGUAUUUGCUUGUGUAUGUUAAACAUGCCAUCAUUAAUUAGUACAACACCAUGUCUUCAAAAUAAAUAUGUAGUUUGUAUGAAUAAAACAUAAAAAAGUUACAGCAAAAAAAAAAAAAACAGAUAAUAAAUAAACAACAGCAACAACUGAAUAAAAGGAGUAAAACAACUUAAAUAAGCGUUAAAAGAUUAAAAACAAAAAUAAACGCAUCAGCAAAAAUGGCAUGUCAUGCAUGCGAAUACUCACUACUUACCUCUACUUACAUACACACCUUGUAUAGUUGAAAAUUCAUACAUAUUUAAUGAAAAUAUCUGCAAAAACUCUACUACAACUUCGUCUCUUCUCUGUCUGAAACAGUGAUCACCCGGUUAACAAAACUACUGUAAAAAAAAAACAGACACAACUGCUACUACAUACUGCUGCUAUGCAUUACUACUUACUACAUUAAAUACUACAGCGAAGCAACAAAAACUACAACGGCAGCAUAUCAACAAAAUAUUUUUAUACAUAUUCAAAGUAUAAUACUUUUCGUUGGGUAAUUAAGAAUUUUAUUUCACUGAAGUGAAAAAAAUUGUUAUGCCGACGUUCUGGCGUAUUCAAAUUCAUUCAUAUAUUCUAUAGACGCACUUCAUUUUCUCUAUGGAUGGAGCGAGUUACGUUGACAUCAUUAAAAUUAACCAUACCACAACUGACACUACCGGAAGCCACAUUUAGCAUUUAUUUCAAUGUCUUAAAGUACUCACACUUACUCCUUCUCUACUCCUGUUACGUGUAUAUGGAACAACAGCAGCAGCAACAUCAAAAACAGUUGGUGCAACUUUUAAGCUGAAACUAAGGUUGAUACAGAAGUACCUAUUCAUCCGCGGCGCCUAAGAAGCAACUAAUUUAACAUUACACUCUGGUGGAUUUAAAUAACGUGUGUGUUUUAUACAGACUGCAAUGGAGCAAGUUAAAUGCUGCAUAAGCGUAUUACUGGUCUUUAUACUUUUACUGAUGGGUUUUGGAGAUGGUGGUGAUAGCAGGAGAAACAGUAUGCAGGUGUUUGCCCAAGGUCAUAACCAACCAGAUGAACCAGAACCAGAGUUUUUAUCGCUACUUCCUAAUAUAACAGUACCUCAGGGUCGUGAUGUUUCAUUCACAUGUGUCGUCAACAAUUUGGGUCAAUACAAAGUUGCCUGGAUUAAAUCCGAUUCUAAAGCAAUACUCGGUAUUCACACCCAUAUGGUGUCUCUAAAUCCAAGAUUAUCAGUGACACACAAUGGUCACAACACCUGGAAACUUCACAUAUCCCAUGUACAGCUAAAUGAUUCGGGUAGUUAUAUGUGCCAAGUGAAUACAGACCCCAUGAAGAGUCAGUCUGGCUACUUAGAUGUCGUAGUGCCGCCAGAUAUCUUGAAUCAUCCGGAUCAAAAUCUAGAAGAGAGUAUAACCAAUGAAGGUGGUACCAUUACACUCAUCUGUAGUGCAACUGGAGUGCCGAUGCCAACAGUACAAUGGAAACGUGAAGGAGGAAAGGAUAUUAUCUUAAGAACUGAGUCUAGAGAAAGACAAGUUGUGAAAAAUGUGGAAGGUGAAAAACUUGUUCUGGGGAAUGUUCAUCGAACUGAUAUGGGUGGAUACCUGUGUAUCGCUUCGAAUGGAGUUCCACCAUCAGUUAGCAAACGUUUCGAUGUUCAUGUAAAUUUUCCGCCAUCCAUCAAGGCCGUAAAUCAGUUAGUGGGUGCCCCAGUCGAGCGAGAAGUUACUUUGGAAUGCAUUGUGGAAGUCUACCCAAAACCAUUGAAUGGCUGGUAUCGCAAUGAGGGAAACCUUAAGCUGCACAAUGGCAACAAGUACAAUAUAUCCGAGAGCAUGAUUAACAUGUACACUUGGCAUCUUAAUCUGACAAUACGUCAUCUGACUAAAGCGGACUUUGGCGCUUACAGCUGCUCCAGUGUGAAUGCUUUAGGCAAAAGUGAGGCCCGAAUACGACUACAAGAGCUUCGGUUGCCACCAAAACCAACCACAACACCAACACCGUACGUGUACACAACACAAAAGCCACGUCGCAAGCAAUCUUCAAAUAUGAACAAAGGCCUCAACGAGGUGGUUAGAGCCAAAGAAACGCAUUUUACCAAUCAAAUGCAGGAAAACGAAAUUCUAAGUGGCAACAGUGCACAAGGAGUCAACAUCAUCAAUGGUAUUGUUGUGGGACCUGGUAACGGCAUCAAUGUCGCAAAUGGCUUGUCUAACGGAGCGGAAGUUCAUACACAACUUCCCGCACGAAAUGGCUACGAGAAGACACAUAAAACCCCACAAGCCAUGCCAACGCUACGAACACCAUGGGUUAUCACAACCACACACAGUGGUGCUAGACAGACAAGAGAUGUGGGUACCUUUAAAGUAAUGAGAAUUCAAGCGAAUUUAUUAGUGGCAUUAUUCGUCUUGCACGCAGCAUUACGGACGAACUAACUAACCACAAAGCACUAGCAGGAGUUGAAAUGGAAGUGGAAAAUGAAACUAUUUUUCUUUGCUGUUGCAUUAUAUUGCUGUUGUUAUUAUUGUUAAAUGUAUAAAAAAGAAAACAAAAAAAAAGGAUUCUAUGAAAAAGAAUUUGGUGAGUGGAGUCAGUGUCCUUAUUCCUUACAAAGGCUAAAUAAAAUCGCACAAACAAACAAAUAAAUAUUAACGAAAAAAACAAACCAAACAAAACAAUAAUACAAUAAUAACGAAACGAAAUUUCCUUUUAUCAAAUAACAUACAAAAAAUGGAAGAUAUAAAUGAAAGAAAAUGAAAAUAAUAUGGAAAGAAGAAAACUCAAAAAUAAAUGUUAAAUUUACACAUAUACAGAAAUACAUAUGUACAUA